UUUCCUUCAACAAGCCAAACAACUGCAAGCAAGCAAGAGAAGACAGCGGGUGGAGGGCACGCACUAUGUGUUCAGGUAUUGACUAGUACUUCACACUGCUUGGCUGCCACUUCUUCCCAGCCAGUAAGUCUGGUGGUCUCUGCUCGCAGAGGUCCUUGCUCCAAUCUUCACCAGGGUUGAGUUUCCCUAUGGUCAGUAUGUGGUAGUACACAACCCCUCAGUCAGUCGUAGGGUUCAACAUUCAUCAUGGCUUGGCCGACUUAAUAGAUCUGAGAUACUACCAGUGAACUUGGAUCUGCGGCAGAUCAAUGAGAAGUAUAUGAAUGAAAUAUACAUAACAAGUCUAACUGAAACAUGGAAACUGCACAAGUUUGUGACUAUAUAACUUAGAAAGUGAGUCCAUAUGAUCCCCAUGGGGGAAAAAUAAAUAUCACAACACAGUCCAGAAGGUGAGCACCCUUUGAGUUUGUGGCUUUCUUUUGCUUCAACACGAUUUAAGAGAGAACUAUGUGCUCACAUUUUUAUAGCACUUGAAAGUGAUUUUUCUGAAAACAUUUUUGAAAAUGGUAAGAUACUAUACAACUAUGAUCCUCAACAACAAAUCUUAGAGAUAUUAGCUUGUAUUUUGAUUUUUGAAUUUUCAGAUGAGACAACUAAACCUGAUCUUCCUUUGCUUAAGAUUCCUGUUACAUGUAAAAUGAUGGAAAUUUAUUCCGAGUCACUAUCUUUUUCAUAAAGGAAGUUGUGAGGAGAUAGCUAUCAAUAGUGGCUAUGAGUUCCUAUUAAGAAUUUAUGUAUGCCACAUAAGAGAAUGAAACUAACACUCAGGGAGUAUUUACAAAAUACCUAGGUCUUUCAAUCCUCAUGACAAUGCUACAAUAAAAUCAGAAUUUUAGAACGACAAAGCUGAAGCAUAUCUACCAAGAUUAGCCAACUAUUGGGUUGUAGGAAAAGUCAUGACGUAUUUUUUGUUUUUCAUUGCAAAAAUGCGUCAUGGCUUUUCCGACAACCCAAUAGUAGUCUUCAGAGAUGAGAUUCCAACCCAGGUUUGCCUGAUUCUACUUUGCUUUCCUCACUGGGGUAUAGUUCAUUCCUCAUGGAAUUGUGUUUAGCUGUAAAAGAUUAGGUAAUGAUAUAUGCCAUUUUGUGUUUAGAGUUCAAUAUUAGUUCUUAUAAAACUAAACCUUAUAAAUACUUAAUGUUAAGUACUUUUACUUACUUUCCACUGGAGGGGAAAAAAGCAAUUUCCAAUUGAUCGAAUGCGUUUUCAGACAGGGUUUACCAGGAGAGUUGUUUCAGGCAAUUCAGCAGAAAUUUUCUUAUUUACUUUAUACUGAUAAACAGACAUUCUAGAUGCAUUUUAAAUUAGGGUGAACAUUACUACUUUUUAUUGUGAUCUAUGAGUAAUUGGCCAACAGGGGACCAGGUGAAUUAUGGAUGUCUAAUGUAUUACAUUGAUUCACUCCUAUUUCUCAAUGCUAUCCUGUGCUGUGCAUUAAGAUUGAAAACCAGGAGAAUGUGUGUUGUGGACAGAUUUUAGUUGCACUGAUGGAGUUUUCCUAUCCAGUCACGCAUUUGUCAAUUUAUGAAGUGACACACAUUUGUGAAACAGAUGGAUAAUUUUAGAGUUAUAAUCUGUAACCCUAGAUUAGAUGACAAUAAAUGUCACUCAUAAUAUUAUGUUCCUGACAUUGUUGUAUGUCAAUGGUAGUCCUAAGUAAACUUACCUUUUUAAUUAGAUUGGAGUAGUAACAUCACGCUAAUUAUAUUUAAUAGCACCAUAAAACAACAAUUUAUCACGUGGAUUAAUAUUCUGCAAUGCUAAACUUCUACUUGACCCAUCUAAAUCUUGUUUUUGUUUUUUUUCUUGAAACACGGAAUCUCUAUCGAUGUCCACUCUAUUGGAAUAGUUUGUCUAAAGUUCUACAGGCCUAGUUUAUGACUGGAUAGAAGGCAGGAAAUGAAGACCUUAGUGAGAUUAUCCCAUGCAUUGUACAUCUAUUUUGAUGGCAGACAAAAGGAAGUAGGUAUAGGCAAAGGAAAGAGAAAAAGUAGUUGCUUUCGAGUGGCAUCUGAAGAUGAAUGAUAGAUAAGUCAGGUUUUUAUCUUAGUUUGGGAGGGGAAGGUAAGAAGGGUGAAAGCAAUGGAGGUGAGCAGAGGUCCAGCCUAAAAGAAUUAAAAAGAAAGGAAUAUAUUCACAAUUAUUUGAGUUGAGCUUAAGGUGAGAAAUAAAAAUACAGAGAUAAUAGAAAAAUCAUAAUUUUAAUAGUUAGUAUUUUUUGAACUAUUAAUUUGAUUUUGCAGAGCAGAACCUGAGAUAGAGUGGUUCAACAGCUUGCCCAAAUUUACACAACUAGUAAAUGGUAGCGCUUGAAUUCCAGUCCUGGAAAUCUGAACCACAUUUUAAAAUGGAGUAUUAACAAAGUACAUAGAGUCAGAAAACUUAUAGAGAAGGGAUAUAGAGACCAAGGGAAUAACUGGGGAAGGACACAGGGAGAAGACUUCACACAAAAAAAUUACCAAUGGGAUAAUUAUAGUUACGUUUUAUUAACUGACAGAGCACUUUGUAUAUGUUAGCUCAUUUAAUCCCACUAAUAAUUCUGAGAGGUAGAUACUAUUCCAUUUUUCAGACGAGGACACUUGUCAGAUGAAAUACGACACAUUCUCUUCUUGCACUGAGUUACACCUGAAUAGCAGGCUCUGGGGCAAGAUAAGGAAGACUGUAGGAGAUUAGUAACAGAACUGAGCAGGGCUAGGUAAGCAAACUGAAAGAGAGAAAUGCAGGACAAGUUUCCCAUUUAGGCACAGGCUGGUUCCAGCUUUCAAAUCUCCCGGGCGGGCCCGCCAAGGCGUCACAAGGCCCGCCCCUCAGUCACAAGGCCACGCCCCCUUCCGUAGCUGUUCUCGGAGUUCCCAAUGCUUCCCUCCUUCUCUUUGACCCCUCCCACUCCGCCUAGCAUCAUUUCCUGUGCGCUGGAUGUUAAUUGGUCCAGCAGUCGGAAGUGAGGGCGGGCGGUGGGGCCGUUGCCGCAGUGACAGUGCUGGGGGAGUCCGAAGAUGGCGGCGUCGCGUCGCUCUCAACAUCAUCACCACCAUCAUCAACAACAGCUCCAGCCCGCCCCAGGGGCUUCGGCGCCGCCGCCGCCACCUCCCCCCCCACUCAGCCCCGGCUUGGCCCCCGGGACCACCCCAGCCUCCCCCACGGCGGGUGGCCUGGUCCCCUUCGCCUCCCCGCGGCACGGCCUAGCGCUGCCGGAGGGGGAUGGCAGUCGGGAUCCGCCCGACAGGCCCCGAUCCCCGGACCCGGUUGACAGUACCAGCUGUUGCAAUACCACCAGCACAAUCUGUACUGUCGCCGCCGCUCCCGUGGUCCCGGCGGUUUCUGCUUCGUCUGCCGCUGGAGUCGCUCCCAGUCCAGCCGGCGGUAGCAGUAACAAUUCACCAUCGUCCUCUUCUUCCCCGACUUCUUCCUCAUCUUCCUCUCCAUCCUCCCCUGGAUCGAGCUUGGCGGAGAGCCCGGAGGCGGCCGGAGUUAGCACCACAGCAACACUGGGGCCUGGGGCGGCGGGACCUGGGCAAGGGGUUCCAGCAGUGAGCGGGGCCCUACGGGAACUGUUGGAAGCCUGUCGCAAUGGGGACGUGUCCCGGGUAAAGAGGCUGGUGGACGCAGCAAACGUGAAUGCUAAGGACAUGGCCGGCCGGAAGUCUUCUCCCCUGCACUUCGCUGCAGGUUUUGGAAGGAAGGAUGUCGUAGAACACUUACUACAGAUGGGUGCUAAUGUCCACGCUCGUGAUGAUGGAGGACUCAUCCCGCUUCAUAAUGCCUGCUCUUUUGGCCAUGCCGAGGUUGUGAGUCUGUUACUGUGUCAAGGAGCCGACCCAAAUGCCAGGGAUAACUGGAACUAUACGCCUCUGCAUGAAGCUGCUAUUAAAGGGAAAAUCGAUGUGUGCAUUGUGCUGCUGCAGCACGGAGCUGAUCCAAACAUUCGGAACACUGAUGGGAAAUCAGCCCUGGACCUGGCAGACCCUUCAGCAAAAGCUGUUCUUACAGGUGAAUACAAGAAAGACGAACUCCUAGAAGCUGCUAGGAGUGGUAAUGAAGAAAAACUAAUGGCUUUACUGACUCCUCUAAAUGUGAAUUGCCAUGCAAGUGAUGGGCGAAAGUCUACUCCUUUACAUCUAGCAGCGGGCUACAACAGAGUUCGGAUUGUUCAGCUGCUUCUUCAGCAUGGUGCUGACGUUCAUGCAAAAGACAAAGGUGGACUUGUGCCUCUUCAUAAUGCAUGUUCAUAUGGACAUUACGAAGUCACAGAACUGCUACUGAAGCAUGGAGCCUGUGUUAAUGCUAUGGAUCUCUGGCAGUUUACUCCACUCCAUGAGGCUGCUUCCAAGAAUCGUGUAGAAGUCUGCUCCUUGUUACUCAGCCAUGGCGCUGAUCCUACGUUAGUCAAUUGCCAUGGCAAAAGUGCUGUGGAUAUGGCUCCAACGCCAGAGCUCCGGGAGAGAUUGACUUAUGAAUUUAAAGGUCAUUCUUUACUACAAGCAGCCAGAGAAGCUGACCUAGCCAAAGUUAAAAAAACACUUGCCUUGGAAAUAAUUAAUUUCAAGCAACCACAGUCACAUGAAACUGCACUGCAUUGUGCUGUCGCCUCCCUGCAUCCCAAACGAAAACAAGUAACAGAAUUGUUACUUAGAAAAGGAGCAAAUGUUAAUGAAAAAAAUAAAGAUUUCAUGACUCCUCUGCAUGUUGCAGCAGAAAGAGCUCAUAAUGAUGUCAUGGAAGUUCUGCAUAAGCAUGGAGCAAAGAUGAAUGCACUGGACACUCUUGGUCAGACUGCUUUGCAUAGAGCUGCCCUAGCUGGUCACCUGCAGACGUGCCGCCUCCUGCUAAGUUACGGCUCUGAUCCGUCGAUUAUCUCAUUACAAGGCUUUACAGCAGCGCAGAUGGGAAGCGAAGCAGUACAGCAGAUUCUGAGUGAAAGUACACCUAUCCGUACUUCGGAUGUUGACUAUCGACUUUUAGAGGCAUCUAAAGCUGGAGACUUGGAAACUGUGAAGCAACUUUGCAGCCCUCAAAAUGUGAAUUGCAGAGAUUUGGAGGGCCGGCAUUCUACACCCUUGCACUUUGCGGCAGGCUAUAAUCGUGUGUCUGUUGUGGAGUACCUCCUACACCACGGUGCCGAUGUCCAUGCCAAAGACAAAGGUGGCUUGGUGCCCCUUCAUAAUGCUUGUUCAUAUGGACACUAUGAGGUAGCUGAGCUUUUAGUAAGGCAUGGGGCUUCUGUCAAUGUGGCGGACUUAUGGAAAUUUACCCCUCUACAUGAAGCAGCAGCUAAAGGAAAAUAUGAAAUCUGCAAGCUCCUUUUAAAACAUGGAGCAGAUCCAACUAAAAAGAACAGAGAUGGAAAUACACCUUUAGAUUUGGUAAAAGAAGGAGACACAGAUAUUCAGGACUUACUGAGAGGAGAUGCUGCCUUGUUGGAUGCUGCCAAGAAGGGCUGCCUGGCAAGAGUGCAGAAGCUCUGUACUCCAGAGAAUAUCAACUGCAGAGACACCCAGGGCAGAAAUUCAACCCCUUUGCACCUGGCAGCAGGCUACAAUAACCUGGAAGUAGCUGAAUAUCUUCUAGAGCAUGGAGCAGAUGUCAAUGCCCAAGACAAAGGUGGUUUAAUUCCUCUUCAUAAUGCAGCAUCCUAUGGGCAUGUGGACAUAGCAGCAUUAUUGAUAAAAUACAACACAUGUGUAAAUGCAACAGAUAAGUGGGCAUUUACUCCUCUUCAUGAAGCAGCCCAAAAAGGAAGGACCCAGUUAUGUGCCCUCCUCCUAGCACAUGGUGCAGAUCCUACUAUGAAGAACCAAGAAGGUCAGACACCUUUAGAUCUGGCAACAGCUGACGAUAUCAGAGCUUUGCUGAUAGAUGCUAUGCCUCCAGAGGCCUUACCGACUUGUUUUAAGCCUCAGGCUACCGUAGUAAGUGCCUCUCUAAUCUCGCCAGCAUCCACCCCAUCCUGCCUGUCCGCUGCCAGCAGCAUAGAUAACCUCACAGGCCCUUUAGCAGAACUGGCAGUAGGAGGCGCGUCCAACGCGGGGGAUGGUGCUGCCGGCACAGAAAGGAAGGAAGGAGAAGUUGCGGGUCUUGACAUGAAUAUCAGCCAAUUCCUAAAAAGCCUUGGCCUUGAACACCUUCGGGACAUCUUUGAAACAGAACAGAUAACACUAGAUGUAUUGGCUGAUAUGGGUCAUGAAGAGUUGAAAGAAAUAGGCAUCAAUGCAUAUGGACACCGCCAUAAACUAAUCAAAGGAGUAGAAAGACUCUUAGGCGGACAACAAGGAACCAACCCUUAUUUGACUUUUCACUGUGUUAAUCAGGGAACUAUUUUGCUAGAUCUUGCUCCGGACGAUAAGGAAUAUCAGUCAGUAGAAGAAGAGAUGCAAAGUACAAUUCGAGAACACAGAGAUGGUGGUAAUGCUGGCGGCAUCUUCAACAGAUACAAUGUCAUUCGAAUUCAAAAAGUUGUCAACAAGAAGUUGAGGGAACGAUUCUGUCACAGACAAAAGGAGGUGUCUGAGGAGAAUCAUAACCAUCACAAUGAGCGCAUGUUAUUUCAUGGUUCUCCUUUCAUUAAUGCCAUUAUUCAUAAAGGGUUUGAUGAGAGACAUGCAUACAUAGGAGGAAUGUUUGGUGCUGGGAUUUAUUUUGCUGAAAACUCCUCUAAAAGCAACCAGUAUGUUUAUGGAAUUGGAGGAGGCACAGGCUGCCCCACACACAAAGAUCGGUCAUGUUAUAUAUGUCACAGACAAAUGCUUUUCUGUAGAGUGACCCUUGGAAAAUCCUUUCUGCAGUUCAGCACCAUGAAAAUGGCUCAUGCCCCUCCAGGACAUCACUCAGUUAUUGGGAGACCAAGUGUGAAUGGGUUGGCAUAUGCUGAGUAUGUCAUCUACAGAGGAGAGCAGGCAUACCCAGAGUAUCUCAUCACAUACCAGAUCAUGAAGCCAGAAGCUCCUUCACAGACUGCAACAGCCGCAGAGCAGAAGACCUAGUGAAUGCCCCCUGGUAAAGGCCAGAUCAGAUCUACACCUGGGACUGGAUUACAAUGGAUUGUUUCCAACAAAAUCAAUACUCUGUAAAUCCCUGACAGCCUAGAAUAAGCUGUUUGUCUUUUAUGAAGCAUUGCUAUAUAGUAAUGAAUAUAGUAUGAGUAACUGAUACAUACUCAACUGCUACUGUUCCCUUUGAGGAAAUGUUUACAGGGGCAGCCUUUUAAUAUAUCUCAGGCUCACUUUCAUUGCAAUUAUCCAUUUCUGUAAUAAGAUUGCUUUGAUCCAUUUGGAAAUGGAAAAAAAAGAAAACAUAACCAAUACUUUCCCAAAUGUUUAAAGUUCAUACACUACAUUUGCUUUAUUAUAUAUGGCAUGUGUAUAUAACAAAUACACAUAUGACAGGCGCAUUUUUAAUUUUUCCUAAACAUGCAUCAUUUUUUUCGUUGUUUUUGGUUUUGUUUUUGGUUUUUUUCUCACUUUGAUAAUGAGCCAGAGCCUUCUUGAGGAUAUUUUGCACAAAGUCACACUGACUAAAAUCAUUAGCAAUGCAACAAGCUUCUGAGCAAGAGUUUUUUUCACUUUAAUUUAUUUUAUAUCUGUACUUAUAAACGUAAAUUGAGAGGGGAAGGGGAAACAUCAAGUUCUCAUUUCCUUUAUUAAUUGGCCAGUCUUACAAGGGAAAGGCACAAACAUUAACCUGAUUUAGGAGCUCCCAAGUUCAGAGAAGUCAAAGUUGGUGAGGGCCAUUUGCUCUCUCCAAUGCACGCCUGCAUCAGAGGCGGUCAAGACAGUGCUGGAGAGCCCAGCAGAGCACAGCCAGGGGACGGUGGAAGUGAUGCUGUCGCAGAUUCGGAGGUGAGACAGCGCGAGAGGGCUGUUAGGACCCGUGAGGAGCAUGUGGUCCUGUACUGCUGCUGCCAAAAAGGAUUCUGGGGACUCCUCAAAGGAAAAGCACUGCUCACUUAAUCAAGUCCACCGGAAUUGUCACCCCCAAAAUUAGCUCCCUUAUUUCCAAAUUCAGUCAAAUGAUUGUACUUCAUUGGAGUCACAAAAAUAUUACUUUAUUGCUUUUCUGGGUUAGCAAGCUAGGAUUUAAAUCCUGUUUGGUAGUUGUGCACAAAUGCAAGAACUUUUUGUUUACUCCAGACUUGGGGUUUACUUUGAGUGAGGUGCUUAAAUGGUUUAUACAGGUCCCUGCACUAAAUUUUUGAACCAUUUCUUUAAACUUCUCAAUAGACAAGGAGAACAAAAACUUGAAACCAAAGCUCUUUCAGUUAUUUUUUAAAAUGAAGGUGAAGAAAUACCAUACCGUUACUUCAUGAAAUUACUUUCUUUUGUUUGUUUUAAUCAACAUUUGCCAAGUACACAUUGACAUUUGUAAAAAAUUAUCCAUUAUAGUUCUCACACUUGCCCUUUUUACCUUAACUGAAUAUCGAAUUGAGUGCAUUAAUUUAUUUACUUUGACAAGCAGUUCAUCUACUCAGCUUUGAAGCAGACGUAAUGUAAAUGUAGUAAAAAAAAAAAAGAAAAGAAAAGAAAAAAACAGUGUGACACAAACUUGCCGUUUCAACUUGAAGUCCUGAAAACUAAUUUGUUUGUUUUUUAAUACAGGCUGAUUAAGCUGUGACCUCAUUUAAUCACCUAAAGAAAAAUAAAAUGGUUACAUGCAAAAAUUCUAGAGUAGGCUCUUAAAAUAUACAUUUUGCUUUCUUUCCGGCUUGAGUCCAAUGCUGGAACUAGGCAUCGGUAACUAGUUUGAGUUUUAUAGCUAAAUCUUGCAUCAGUCCUCAAAAUUAAAUCAAGAAUUAGCCUCAGUUGUUGCUUCUAUUGAAGUUUUAGUGGCCCAAGCUGGGUGUUGGUCUUGGCUACUUGUUUAAUAGCACUAGAGUUCCAUAUGAAGCUUUGAAGUUGAUAUUCAUUAAGAGGGCGUUUUCCUCCUUUCCUUCUUUUUUUGCUGUGUGUGACAGUGGGUUGAAGGAAUUGGCAUCAGUGUAGUUUUCAGUAGCUGUGAAAGUGUAUAUUACUUGCCUCCCCACUUAGAUAUAGUUUAAAGUGGUAAACACAGCUGUGAUUUUUAGUUAACUUAAAAGGUUAAUAUGGUAUAGAUACCAAAAGCUUUAUAGCUUCAUUAAAAAGAUAAGCCACUACUCGACUGUGGUUAUGUUGUUUCCAUCAUAUUAAUUAGGCUAAUGGAUGUGCCAGUUUUAAACUUCAGCCUUACACUUGAGAAGUUAAACUGUGGUUCAAUAUUUAAACUGCCAAUGUUAUGUAUUGUAUGUUCUGUGUGCCGAGUAAAGGUACUGUGUAGGAAGACAUUCACAGUGCUGCUUGUCUUGUAAUGAAUCAAGUAUAGUAAUUCUUGAAAGAAUGUGUACAUAUUCAUCGCUAAAGAGAAUGGGUUGAUAUCUCAUAGGAGCCAAAUACAUUUUUUCAAAACUUGAAAACCAAAGGUCAUCAUGAGUGUACUCAAGCUAGCAAAAGUUGAUUACAUUUGGUAUUUCCGUCUAUAGCAGUGUGAGAAACCCUUUGGAAUAUGAAAGCAUGGCAUUAAAAUUAGGCUAAAAUCCGUUUAAUUUCUUGUAUAUGCACUAUAUACAUACAUAUAUAUAUAUAUAUAGCAAGUUGAGAGCUUCCAGUAUGGCCUUUCCUGAACUGGCCCCUCUGUUUCCCAAAUGGAAUGGAAGGGAGAAUCUGGACACCUCCCCCAGCUUUCCCGCAGGUCUAACAUCAAAGGGCUCGGGACGUGAUGGCCCCGUGUACCAGGCAUUGGCAGCCUGGGUACUAGAGUCAGGCGUAAGUGCCUGACUGCACACUGUCUCCUUGUACUUGGCCUCCGUCCCUUUUCCCCAGAUUGCUAAUCUGGAAUAAUAAUUAGUGCCAACAAUUACCUUAGACCCCACUCAUUUCCUCCUUCCUUCAUUUGAGUCUUGCAAAAGGAGACUGUACCUCUAUUUCUUAUCACAGCCACAGCCAGGUAUUAGGCCUCACGUGAUCUUAGACGAUUCUGCCACUUUGUUAACAAAUGACAGCAUGGAACCCAGACUUUUAAUUCUAUGCAAAAUAAUAGCAGUACAGCCAGGAUUCUUAUCUACCUUUUCCUUCUUGGAAUUUGGAAUUUCCAGCUUUUCAAUAACAAGAAUAAACAAUAUUAGGGUGUUUUCAUGAAAUAGCAUCCUUGUGUUCAUUUGAGCUUGAUGUUAGUGGCUAGACUGACUCCCCUUUCCUCUCAAACUAGCAAAGUGCAUUGCUACGUACGGAGAAAUGCCUGAAUAUGGCAAAUAAAGUCAGGUAGAGUAAUAGUCUAUUAUUAUAGCCUUUAUACAGAAAAAUGGUGUGUGCUGGAAGAACAGCAUUAGAAUGCAAUAAGCCGUCUAGGUUUUUCUCUCUCUCAGUACAUCUCUCAGUGGCACAAUGGUUAUUGGAUGUUGCUCACUCUCUCUUUCAAACAUGUGCACUCUGGAUUUCUGUAAACUGUCUUUCAAACAAUGGUGUGUAAUUUUGAGCACCUCUCCCCCCAGUGUGUCCAGAUCCCAUUUGUAUGAUAAUCUGUGAUAAACAGCCUUCUUACUACCAGAAAUGCUCAUGGUGGGACAGUUUUCUUUUGGGCAGUUACCUUGCGUAGUGCUGAAAGAUUUUAGUCAUUCAGGGAAAACUAAAAACUGACAUUAAGAUAGGACUUCAUGUGUCAGAAAUUUAUUUGAAAGAGUAAAGUCAAACUUGUUUGAUGUCAAAUCAGUGACAAAUGAAAGUAAUUGGGAAGGUUGUAUUUGAGCUCUGGACACAUCUGGUGUAUGAAAACGAAAUACAUUUUUUUUAAAAAACCACCCUUAAAGGUGAGGCUUCUUCAGACACUUUGUGCAUUCUAAAAUUAAUCGACAGUUAAAUAUCUCUUCUUAAGAAAGCCUUAACUAUGACAGAAACUUUUUACCUUUUAUAUCCUAAUAAAUAAAAAGUUGUCAUUCCAUUUCUUAGUGUUUGAAAGGUGUCAGUGAGUCGGGUAUGUCUCUGUGUAUAUCACACCCAUUAUGCUUAUCGAUGAGGGUCUAUUCCGUAAGUCAUGCUCGCUUAUGCAAAGGAGCUGAUAUCCUCAACCCUUUUGAAUCUCUAUUUCUGAAAUUCCCCAGCUACCAGAUCACCUGGUUUGGAGAUGUGCUAGAAAGAUUUCAAAAUCUAUUAAGUUUUGUGUUUGUGGAGAUACACAACCCAUUGAUACCAUGUAGAAUUUGAGUGCUGCACAGGCUGUUUUUAAUCAUGAAAUAUAAACCAUGGUGAUAAGUGAAAAGCAGUAGGAAGCUAAAGAUUGCAUAUACUCUGUAAGACCAAAUAUGCGCAUGAUGUGACAGGUGUGGACAUCUGCCCGGAGGGUUCUGCCUCCUUUGAAAUAACAUUCAUCAUGCAGUAGUGAUGACUGCAUUUUGACUCUUCAUUCUUUCACAUUUUCUUUUCUGCUUUACGCUUUCACAUCUCCACACCCACCCUGCCAUUCGUCUUUUCAAACAGAUUUCUCAUGCUCCAGAAUUCAGAUUGUUUUGUUAUUUUUUUAUCUGCCUACCCAUUUCUGCAGGCAGCCCUGAGAGCCCUUUGUUGGUUCAGUGUUUGCAGAGACAUGCAGUUAAACUCUGGUAGUGGGGUGUCCCUCACACAUCCUGUGCCCCUCCCAAGGUUCAGGAUGAAAAGCUGGGAAACAUGUCAGUAAGAAUUAGAAAGGAACAGAAAUCUCAGGCCACUAGCCUAGACCUAGAAGAUGACCUUAACUAUAUAAUCGUUGUAUUCGUUACACAAAAUAUUUAAACUCUUCAUGUGCAUAUAAUACCUCUCCUGCUUCCAUAGUUUCAAGCUCAGCCUGUCUGUGUGGUAGUAUUGUUUGUCUUUGAUACCUACAAACUAAAAAGGUACUUUCAUCAACAAGGUUUCUCAAAAACAUUUACAGAACCAGCGUGCAGGAAAUCGGGACUGUUUCCUGGCCACAGCAUUUGGAGUCGUUCUUGUACUUUCUCAUUGUGAUGUUGGUCUGUGUAAGUAACCAGUGAGUGUGGUGACUCUGGUUCAUUAUUGAUGUUGUUUUUAUUUUUAGUCUCUGUAUGACCCACCAGUUGCGGGAGGUUCCAAUCCCCUCCCUUUCUUUUCUGCAUCCUGUUCGUAGGAUUGCCAGGUAAAAUACAAGAUACCCAGUUAAAUUUGAAUUUCAGGUAAAUAAUUUUUUAGCUUACAUAUGUUUCAUGUAUUAUUUGCCAUAUAUUUACAAUUAAAAAAUUCUUCAUUAUCUGAAAUUCAAAUUUAACUGAACAUCCUGGUGUUUUGCUUUGUUUUAUUGUAUUUUACGAAAUCUGGCAACCCUGUCAAUUUGGUCAUGGAAAAUCGCAUCCAGCAUGUGAAUUCUUCUAGUCUUCACUAUCUUUCACGUGGAAUGGAAGACUUUUCCUCCGCCACCCUCUACUUUCCAAAAGAGGGCAUCAAGGAACUUAACCUGCCUGCAUGGUGGGUUUCUAUUUAAGACAUCUUUAUGAUUCUAUUUAACCUGUAAUUGUGCUUUGGCUAAAUGUCUAACUUACGUACUUGUAUUUGUUUAAUAUUCAAUAAAAACAUUUUUAAAGUAUA